GCCUGCACUUUCGCCCCUGCAGCAGGCAGAUCUCGUUUCACUUCAUUCCCUCAUCUCUCAACCCUUUUUUCCAGCGGUCACACCCAAUCGUGCUACACCCACGAAGCGUGCGAUUCGUACAUCUUCGUUACCCAAGAAUCUAGAGUUCACUUCAACGAUGGAUUCUCAAAUUAGCUCCACCUCCCCGACACCUAGCGAUCGGGUGAUCCUAGUAAUCGGAGGCGUGCUUCGAUUCAACCUCCCUCCUCUAGCGAUGGACGUGCCGCGUGAUAAUUUGCACAUUGCUUUGUGGAGAUAUCGAUCAGCCCUUCUAUAUUGUACGGAAAUGAGGCGUGGUCCAUCGAUCGGAACGCCUUCUGAAUUUGCACGUGUACAUCAUCGAGUCACUUCCUCAAAUUUAUCUUCACCGCCUCUUCCGAAAGGGACUCCAGGCACCGAAGUUGUCGUUCACAGCAAAGACUAGGUAAUGACUCGAAGCAACAUGCAUAUGCUAAAGCACAUAACAGUAGAUUGGUAUCCAUUCUCUGGACGAGAUUUUGGAGAUGGGCGCGUGGAAGAAAUCUCGCAGAGAUAGAGAAAUGGGCCUGUCCCGCAGACUAAGAACAUAGCACAAUCCACCCGAUUAUCAGGAAAGCAUCUUAUAGCCAUUUUCG